UAAAUGCUCCCUCAACUAACCUAUACAUUUCCUCCCAAAUAUUCAUCAUAUGAAAAAUCCACUUCCUUUUUUUGGUUAUAUAUACAUUUCCAUAUUUCACGGUUUCGUCCUUAUAUUAUAUACUGUGGUUUUGGCUCACACAUGCAAUUAUCAUUUUGAUUCUUAAUUAGCUUCUUUUUGAGUUGAAAAACAUAUUAUUAGGAUGAAGAGUUUCUCAGUACAAGUAAGUAGUGGAAGAGAAGGACAAGAUGGUCGUCCGGCUGUGGGUCCCAUCUAUCGGAAUAUUCUCUCCAAGGAUGAAUUUCCACCGCCUCAUCCUGAAGUGUCAACUACUUGGGAUUCUUUCAGGCUUUCUGUUGAGAAGUAUCCAGGAAAUAAAAUGUUGGGUUGGCGUGAAAUGGUUGAUGGCAAGUGGGGACCCUAUCUUUGGAAAACAUACAGAAAUGUCUAUGAAGAAGUUCUAAAGAUUGGUUCAGCAUUACGGGCAUGUGGGGCUCAACCAGGUGCAAGGAUUGGGAUAUAUGGUGCUAAUUGUCCUCAAUGGAUUGUAGCAAUGGAGGCUUGUGCUGCUGAUAGUUUGAUAUGUGUCCCUCUCUAUGAUACCUUAGGUCCUGGUGCUAUAAAUUACAUAAUCGACCAUGCUGAAAUUGAUUAUGUUUUGGUCCACCCUGAUAAAGUCAAAGAAUUGCUGAACCCUGAUUGCACUUCCAGUAAACGGUUAAAAUCGGUUGUUUGUUUUACAUCGUUAACUGAAGAAGAAACUCAGAAGGCUCGUAAUGCAGGGAUAGAAGCAUACUCAUGGAAUCAAUUUCUUCAAAUGGGGAAAGAAAAUCCAUCAGAACUUGUGCCUCCACAAACAAUCAACAUUUGUACAAUAAUGUACACAAGUGGUACGAGUGGAGAUCCCAAAGGUGUUAUCUUAACACAUGAAACUAUGGCUAUGUUUAUAUGCGGAUUGAAUAUUUUCAUGGACCAAUUUGAAGACAAGAUGUCGGUGGAUGAUGUGUAUCUAUCAUUCCUUCCCCUGGCUCAUGUACUAGAUCGAGUGGUCGAGGAAUAUUUUUUCCAUAAGGGUGCUUCUGUUGGCUACUUUCAUGGGAAUGUUAGAGAAAUUGGUGAAGAUCUCAUGGAGUUAAAGCCAACUUUUUUUGCUGGUGUACCUAAAGUGUUCGACCGUGUAUAUGAAGGCAUACAGAAGGCAAUUGCAGAUCUUCUUCCACACAGAAGGAUGAUUUUUCACCUUCUUUACAAAUACAAAUUAUUCUGGAUGAAUUUAGGGUACAAACAUAAAAAUGCAUCCCCUUUAGCAGAUCUUCUAGCUUUCAGAAAGGUAAAGAACAAGUUAGGUGGUAGGAUUCGACUAAUGGUAAGUGGAGCUGCACCUUGGAGCGAAGAAGUGGAGGAGUUUUUGCGCGUAACUUGUGGUUGUUUUGUACUUCAAGCCUAUGGAUUGACAGAAACUUGUGGAUUGUCCACAGUUUGCUUCCCUGAUGAAAUGUCUAUGCUAGGAUCUGUCGGUGUUCCGUCUGUAUACACUGAAUUGUGCCUUAAAGAGGUUCCGGAGAUGGGUUACCAUCCGCUAACUGAUCCUCCUCGCGGAGAGAUAUGUUUGAGGGGUAAAACACUCUUUUCUGGAUACUAUAAAAACCCUCAGUUAACUGCAGAAUCCAUCAGAGAUGGAUGGUUUCACACAGGUGACAUAGGAGAGAUGCUUCCUAACGGGACAGUAAAGAUCAUCGACAGAAAGAAGAAUCUGAUUAAACUCUCACAAGGAGAGUAUGUCGCGCUUGAGUAUAUAGAGAAAGUAUACAGCAUUAGUCCCAUUGUUGAAGAUAUUUGGGUUUAUGGAGACAGCUUGAAAUCGAUGCUGGUUGCUGUUGUGGUGCCAAAUGAAGAUAACACCAAAAAAUGGGCAGAUAAAAAUGGAUGUAAAGGCACGUUUGCUCAGUUAUGCUCCCUCAACGAGUUCAGAACUUAUGUCCUCUCUGAGCUUAGAGUUGCUGGGGAAAGAAACAAGCUUAGAGGUUUUGAACAUGUCAAGGGAGUCAUUCUAGAAUCUCAAACCUUUGAAAUGAUACCAAGUUUGCUAACACCAACCAUGAAGAAGAGGAGGGAUAAAGUGCUAAAACAUUAUCAGGCAGAAAUUGAUGACCUAUACUGCACCUUGGCUAAAGGAAAAUGCUGAAAUUUUGCUGCUCUGUGGAGGCCGGCUAAAGAAAUUGUGAACAUUAUAGUGUCUUUAUGUGUUUGUGUAUUAUUAUCAUGUAUCCUAUAGAAGGUGUGCAAGUGGUUGAACAGGGUGCUUAGCUUGUAUGGCUUUCUGUACAAAAUCUGUUUUAGGCCAGUGUUUGAAGAGAAAGGAAAGAUGCAAAGUUAUCAUCAAUAAAAUUAACUUCUUAGUGUUAAAAAA